UAUCAAAAGUGAAAGUAAACCUGCAGACCGAGACCAAACCUUUUUGUUCGAGGACGUGAUUUUCUCUUUUCAAGGUCCACGUGGACAUUAGCUCGAUAAAGUGACCUUGGAUGUGUUUCUAAAUCUGAACUAGGUCCUGAUUUCGGUCUUUAAAGUCAAUACCUGGACUUGCUUGAAGGAUAUUUCCAUCUGGGAUCACACCACUUCAAUGGGUUUACACGUGAUGACCCACGUGCACCUUUUGCUGCUUCUUUGCUCGUCUUUGUCAAGCGCUGCCCCUGUUUCAAAGAGCCUCGUGGUUUUGGUCAGGUCGCCUGUCUCAGAGCAACUUGGUAGAGAAACCACACUACCAUGCUGGCUCAAUCCACCACAGAGUGCCGAGGCUCUGGAGGUGCGCUGGUACCGCAAUGAUCACUUCGAUACCCCGAUCAUACUGUAUCAGAAUAAAAAGAUGGCCCAGGAGUCUUCGUACGUGGGCCGAGCCUCGUUUGGCCUGAAGGACGCAGCGUCAGGUGGGCUGGCAGCAGGAGACGUGAGCAUGAAGCUGCUGAAUGUCGGGAUUGAGGACGAGGGAGAUUACACUUGUUAUGUGAGCAGUGAUCAGGGUUAUGACCGUGGAAGUGUCACUCUCAAGGUGACAGAAACAGGAAACACUCCGCUCCUGUCAAUGGUGGGGGCAGAAGAAAACCUGGUGAAUUUGAGCUGUGAAUCUGAAGGCUGGUAUCCGAGGCCGAAGCUGCACUGGGCCGACCACAAGCACAAUCUGACCCCAAAGAGUUUGGAGUACGGCAAAGUCUCUUCUGGUCUUGUGUCAGUCCACAGCUGGCUGCUGGUCCCAAGCUCCUCGGAGGUUUCCUGCUCAGUGGGACUCUCUGACAUGGACACGAAGGAGGCAAGAGUGCGGCUGGAAAUCCCUCCUCCAGCUGCCAAAAAGGUGUCUGGAUUGGUGCCUGGAUUGGUGGUCUUCAUUCGAAUCCUCUUGGCUGCGUUAGCUUUACUUGGAUGGCUGUACAUCAAAAAGAGAGUUUUACGGAAGAAAGACAAACCAGAGAGCAACCAAGCUGAGGAGAAUAUGAAGCUUUUACAAGAAGUUUCAGUUGAGAAGGCAGCUCUUGAAGAGGCUAAAAAGCAUUACGUAAAUAUUGAACUUGAGGAUAAAGGAAAUCCAUACCUCACAAUCAAAGAUGGUAUGCUCAGAGACAAGAAGCAUCCUGAUCUAAAAGCAGUUACCUGUCUCACAGCGAUAAGGGGAACCCCUGGCUUCACUUCAGGUCAACACUACUGGGAGGUUUCUUUGGGGCAUCCUGGAGUAGAGGUCAAACAAUCCUGGUGGGUGGGGGUAACAAUGGCAACUGACUUCCCUCUGCAGGCUGAUGCUCUUUCUAGCACAUCAAAUGGUUUCUGGUUCCUGUCGUCUUCCCCUGACAGAGCAGACAGCUUUCAGUUAAACACAGAACCAAAGGUUUUACUGCCUGUUCGCUCAAGACCGAGAACAGUCGGUGUGUAUCUGAAUUAUGACGGCGGAGAGCUUUCCUUUUAUAAUGUGGAAGAUGAAUCCGUCAUUGGAUCUUUCACCGCUCCGUUCCAAGGUGACGUCUUUCCGUUUUUCAAUCCUGGUAUAGGUGACCCAGGACCUAUGAAGAUAUUAAAGAGGACAGAACAGGGUGAGUGUAAUGACACAGGGAACAAUGAAAGGGCACAAGAGCCUGAAUCUUAAUAUCUUCUGAAUCUAAACUUUUCUAAUAUAAUAAUUAUAUAGCAACCGCAAGCAAUCAUGAAAAGCAUAGAGGGGCGAUCAUACCCUGUGCAUGUGUUAUAUAAAAUUCAAUCUGGCCUUGCUAACUGGUGACAAUGCCAUUUCAUCAUGACAGCAUAUAAACUACAUGAUGAUAUGUGAUUUGUUAAUCUAAACAAGAUGUAGAUCGUGUCUCUGUAAUCUUAUUGGUUGCAAAAUGUUAUGCUUUACUACAUUAUAUGACAUUACUUAUAAUGACUUCAUAGUGAAGACAUGAUGUCAUUCCUACUAUAUGAUCAUAAAUUAUUUUUCGAUCUAUGUAAGGUUGAGGUCGUGUCCAUGUAGGCAGAGGAGGUACGUUGAGAACUAUUUUUGAAGUACUGUGUCAUUUUCUGACUCGGUGACUUCUUCAUGACAUCACUUAAUAUGUGACAUCAUAUGAUGAAGGAUACUUGUCUCAUCAAUACAAGCUUUACAUUGUUUCUCUAUUGUUUGCAGAGCUUUCUUGGAAAAUGUGUGUAAUAAAUGUCAAUAUUUUUGUCAGUUCCUAAAGCUAAUCAUCUAAAGGUACACUCCCAAGUAAUAUUUGUACAAAGUUUGGUGAAAAUGCGUCCAUGCAUUGUGGAGUUAUUUGUACACAUACGCACACACACACGCACAUGGGAGAAAACAACACCCUGCUUACAGCUAACUCAACGUGUAAGGUAAUAUAUAUGCUGUUUUUUAUACACGACAUGGUAUUUGUAUAAAAUAUAAUAUAUCUUAUUGUUACAACUUAAAUGUUUUGCAUUAUGACUUUUUAACUCAUACAACAUUAAUAACCUACAGGCCUGUAUUUUAACAUUCUGCCCUGGAACUCGGUUUGAAUAAGGAAACGUGUGGAGAAUAGAUAAAUUCAGGCUUCAUGGAUACAAGCAACCUCCAAAAGGGGCGGAGUCAUUCCAGCAUCGUACGCAAAAGGUUGCAAAAAUGUAACACUCAGAUAACGUUCUUGAUGUUAACCUGUUUCGUAUUUAGUGGUAUUUGUAGUUCUGACUUAAGAAAAUUGCAUGUUAGAAUGUUUUGUCACAUAAACAGCUUUAUAGUGUUUGCAAGAGAUAAAUGAGUAAUUUGUUUAAUUUAAUUUAGCAAAGUGUUGUGGGCUCUGUGUGUUAUACAGCAAUGCAGCUAUGAAAAUUAGUUCGAUGUAUAGUUUUAUUCUGGCUGAAUUAAUGUAUAAUUACAUUGUGUUUUUCAUGUUAUAUUUGAUGUGUUCAUCUUUUUAUACCGUUCAUUUCAUGAAGUUUGUACUUAGUUCGUUACCGUCAGCUUUUUCAAUAAACUCAAUGAAUCUGA